GGAAAGUUACGACUUGUCUUCGACGCAGCGGCUACCACUGAUGGAGUAUCUUUGAACUCACAACUGCUUAAAGGUCCUCAGCAAUAUCGACCGUUAGUAUCGGUCCUAUUUCACUUCAGAGAGGGCGCAUUUGCGGUUUGCGCCGACAUCCAGGAAAUGUACCAUCAAGUCCUAAUCCGUCCAGAAGACAGAUGUGCUCAGAGAUUUUUGUGGCGCGAUGCUGAACGCGGGAAGGCGCCGGAGGUCUACGAAAUGACUGCGAUGACGUUUGGCGCAGCAUGUUCGCCGUGUGCAGCUCACUACGUGAAAGUCAAAAACGCCUUAGAACAUCGCUCCCAUGAUCCGCGAGCCAUCAGAGCCAUCACCGAAUACCACUACGUGGACGAUUACGUGGACAGUUUCGAUUCUGAAACACAAGCCAUACAGAUAGCCCAACAAGUCCGAGAUAUACACAAGGAUGCUGGUUUUAAUCUGCGAAAGUUUACGUCGAACUCUACAAAGGUCGCCGAAGCACUAGGUGGUGUGAAGAGAGCGUUACCAAUCUUAUCUAAAGAAGGUGCAGAAUUUGAGAAGGUCUUGGGAAUGUUAUGGCAACCGCCGGAUGAUAGUUUCGCAUACCAGUUGGAAUUUUAUAGAGUCGAUUCGUCAGUGAUCGAAGGCAAGCGUAUUCCCACCAAAAGAGAAUUAUUGAGCAUAGUAAUGUCAAUAUUCGACCCGUUGGGAUUCCUCAGUCACUUUACUAUCUCCGCAAAGCUGGUGUUACGCGAGCUCUGGAAGCGAAGUAUAGGUUGGGAUGAACCAGUUCCCAACGAAGUCAAUGCUAUGUGGUGCGUCUUUCGUAAGCAAUUGCAGAAAGUUGUUGAGUGCAGAGUUCCGCGCCACUAUUUUCAAAUGGGUCCAUCUAGGGAACUACAGCUGCACGUAUUUGUAGACGCCAGCGAGAACGCAUUCAGCGCAGCAGCCUACUGGAGAUCGGAGAAUAUGAAUCGCAUCAUCGAGGUGUCGCUUGUCUAUGCCAAGACUAGGAGCGCACCCAUUAAGCCGCUCACCAUUCCCCGACUCGAGCUACAAGCAGCUGUGUUAGGAACUCGCAUGAUGACUACUAUAAUAAGUGAACAUAGCGUUCGAGCCAACCGAUGUGUUAUGUGGAGCGAUUCCAAAACGGUUCUUAAGUGGUUAUUUAGUAAACACCGCCGCUAUAAACCGUUCGUGGCACACAGGAUAGCUGAAAUUCUCGACGUCACUAAGCCGUCCGAUUGGAGAUGGGUUCCGACGAACCAAAACGUGGCUGACGAGGCAACGCGACCCAACAAGGCAAUAAAUCUCAGUCCUUCGUCCCGCUGGUUCACUGGCCCUGAGUUUCUGUACAACAACGAGCAACUCUGGCCAAAGGACGCUGACGUCGCUGAUGAAGCUGAAGAUGACGAGGAAGAGAUUCGCACAAAAUUUGCCUUCAUUGUCGUGAGUAGUAAUGUUCUAAACUUUAAUAGAUUUUCUUCGUUUACCAGAUUAAGAAGAGUAGUUGCCUGGGUGAUACGGUUCCUCCACUAUUGCCGUAGAAGGAUCGAUUCGUCGCAGACCAACGGGUUGACAGCAGCGGAGCUUGCAGAAGCGGAUUAUUUACUUUGUCGCUUAGUGCAGCGAGAAUCCUACGCCAGAGAACUGAAGCAGAUCGAGAGCGGAAAUUCUCUGCCCUCCGAUAACCGUUUGUGCACAUUGUCUCCUUUCAUUGAUGACAGAGGAAUUCUCCGAGUAUACAGUCGCCUUGAUGCCGUCAGUUGGUUGCCAUAUGAGAGUCGGUGCCCUAUAAUCCUGCCUCAAAAUCACGCCGUUACUAAACUUAUCGUUGCGCAUGAGCACAUCCGGAUGAUUCACCAAAAUAUCGAAGCAACGAUUUGUGAAAUUCGCAGAAAGUACUGGGUUCCUAACUUAAGAAGAGUUUUGCGCGGAAUUAUCGCAAGCUGUAAUACGUGCGUCUUAAAAAACGCGAAACCUGUUCCGCCAAUGAUGGGUUUAUUGCCUGAAGACCGGACGACACCCUACGUUCGACCCUUCACGUUUACGGGCUUGGACUAUUUUGGCCCUGUUAGUAUAACGAUCGGACGUCGAACCGAGAAGCGGUGGGUGGCACUGUUCACGUGCCUGUCAAUACGUGCCAUUCACCUCGAAGUCGCAUAUGACCUUUCAACAGACGCUUGCAUUUUAGCUAUGCGUAAUUUUAUGAAUCGCAGAGGGGUCCCAAAAAGAAUUCGUACGGACAAUGGUAAGAACUUCGUGGGAGUAGCAGGCGAAGUUGCGCGCUUUGUAGAUGUGUUUGACUGCCAGGCGUUGCAAGCGGAAUUGUCCACUAAAGGGGUAGAAUGGGUCUUUAAUUGCCCGGAAAACCCAUCAGAAGGCGGAGUCUGGGAGCGAAUGGUACAAUGCGUCAAGAAAGUCUUGCGGCAUACAUUGAAAGAUCUUGCACCGAAGGAGCAUACAUUCCAAAGUUUGCUCAUCGAAGCAGAAAACAUUGUGAACUCGCGUCCGCUAACACACUUACCUAUCACGCCACAGCAAGAAGAACCGCUGACGCCAAAUCAUUUCUUGCUUGGUUGUGCCAACACUGCUCAGACAACGAGUUGCUCGGAACCACCCGUGAAACUUUGUGCCAUCCGCAAGCAGUGGCGAAUAGCUAGACAACUUCGAGAUCGAUUUUGGAAAAGAUGGGUUGACGAAUAUCUACCUACACUAACGCGACGUACGAAGUGGUGCAUGCCAACGAAGCCUUUGGGGAUUGGCGAUUUGGUGUUUAUCUGUGAUCCUAAAUUACCAAGAAGAGAAUGGCGACGUGGCCGAGUAUUGCGAGUAUUUCCGGGAAAGGACGGCGAGAUUCGUCGAGCAGAGGUGACUACGAUAGCUGGUCUAACUUAUCGGCCAGUAUCCAAGUUGGCGGUCCUGGAUCUGGUUAAUGGUGAAUCUGAUUCGAUUCACGGGGGUGGGGGUGUUGCAAA